ACAGAAACCCAAACCGGUCAUGGAGGCUAGUUAACGACUGUGCGCCGCGCUUGCGAAUAGUAAUUUCAUCGAGAUAUUGUGAUAUUACGCGGACGCCAGAGAAUCAACAGAAAGAUCGCCGGUUUUAACGAAAAUGGGUGCAUAUUUGUCAGAACCGAUUACAAAGAAAGUGUCGAACGACCAAGUAGGCAAGAAUGUUGCAUUCGGCGCGAGUUCCAUGCAAGGCUGGCGAAUUAGUCAAGAGGAUGCACAUAAUUGUUGUAUAGAUUUUGAUGAAAAUGUUUCAUUAUUUGCUGUAUAUGAUGGUCAUGGGGGACACGAAGUUGCAACUUACUGUGCAAAUAAUCUCCCAGAUUUUAUCAAACAAACUGAGGCAUACAAAAGAGGAGAUAUUAGGCAAGCUUUAAUAGAUGCCUUUUUAGGCUUUGAUGCUACUCUUGAAAAACCCGAAGUAAUUAGUAUUCUCAAAGAACUGGCAGGAACAUCCAAUUCUGAUAAUAAAAAAGAUGAUGUAAACGAAUCUGAUGAAGAAGAAAACGUUAAUAAUUUGUGUAUGGAAGCAACUAUGCCACUAGAAGAAGUAAUGGCAAAGUAUCAGUCUGAAUCAACUCCUCAAGUAAAGGCAUUAAAGAAUGAAAAAUGCAAUAAACGAGCAUGUUCUGCAAGUCCUUACCUACGUGGACGAAGAGGUAGAGAAAAAGCAAGCUCUUCAUCAUCGGGUGCAGGAUGUUCAUCAUCUUCAUCUUCAUGGAAUACAAAUGAAACUGAUGUAAGUAGUUCCAGCCAACAGUGUGGUUCCACUUUAUCUAGUACAAUGGAACGAAAAGAUUCAGAAUGUCCUGGUAACAAUGAGGCUGAACAAGUUCUUGAUUCAACUACCAGUAAUGGAAAUGUACAUACAUCUCCACCAGUAGGAUCCACAGCAGACAUAGAACCAAUAAAAAGUGCAGAUAUGCCUGAUAGUUCUGAGGAUAUAAACAAAAAAGUUACAAGUCCAGGCAAAAUCACAUGUGAUGAAUCAAAUGUAAAUGAAGUAGAAUUAAAUGGUGCAGAAUCAAAACGAAUUGGAGAUGCUGAUAGUAGUAAAGGUGGAGGUGACAAUGUCUCUAGCAGUUCAUGUACUCCUGUUGAAAAUGGAGAUGCAGGACAGCAAGAACGAAUAAGCAGUACUGGUAGAAGAAGGAUUCAGCCCAUAACAUUAUAUCAUAAUCUUCUUAAAAAGGGUAGCGAAGAUUCUGAAGAAGAUGAUGAUGACGAUGAAAAUGAUAUAACAUUUGAUGGAGUUCCAGAAAGUUUUAGUGAUGAAGAUGACACAGAAGACAUAGAUGAAGAUGAAAGUGAUGAAGAUGAAGAAGAUGAAGAUGGAGAUGGCAAUAUUGAUGAUGAUGACGAUGAAGAUGAUGAUAGUGAGAGCCUCAUGAUGGAUAAAGAAGAGCCAGGUUAUGAUAGUGGAUGUACUGCAGUAGUUGCUGUAUUGAAAGGAAAUGAAUUAUACGUGGCAAAUGCUGGCGAUUCCCGUUGUGUUUUAUGUAGAGAUGGUCAGGCAGUUGAACUUAGUUUAGAUCACAAGCCUGAAGAUGAACCAGAAAUGGAGCGCAUAGUAAAAGCUGGUGGAAAAGUUACAGCAGACGGUAGAGUAAAUGGUGGCCUUAAUUUAUCAAGAGCUCUGGGGGAUCAUGCUUAUAAACAAAAUACAGAUUUACCACCACAAGAACAAAUGAUUUCUGCACUUCCGGAUGUGAGGCAUAUCACAAUUGAACCAGGAAAGGAUAAAUUUAUGGUGCUUGCUUGUGAUGGUAUUUGGAAUUUUAUGUCCAGUCAAGAUGUUGUACAGUUUAUAGAUAGCCGUUUGACACAAAAUUGUGAUAAGCUGUCUACAAUCUGUGAAGAGCUAUUUGAUCAUUGUCUUGCACCUGACACAUGUGGAGAUGGUACAGGUUGUGACAAUAUGACAGCUGUAAUAGUUCGAUUUAAAUCACAAACUGAUGCUGUAACAAACAGUAACGCUGCUGAGAUAUGUACUGCUAAAAGGUCAUUAUCGCCAGCUGUAUCCGCGGAAGAAAGCAAUGACUGCGUCAUACAAGACGACGCGGUGAAAUCUUGCAAACGCCUUAAGACCGAAGCAACAAUGUGAGAUUUGUGUUAAAUGUUAUAAACUGAUCUCUGGAAACAGAUGAGUGAAUGUGAAUUUAUGUAAAAUUAUGUAAUUCUAUGGAACUGUGAAUUUUGAAUGGAUACUCGAUGGUAAUCGAUACCAGUUACAUCAAACAACAUGUAAAGUAUGUUAGUGCUGGCUAUUGGUGGCAGACUGAUAAAUUGGAGCACAUGAGGAUGAUAAUUCGCUGCUUCUGUUUUAAUUUUUUUAAUAUACUGACUUAAAAUCCAUAACUUUUUAAAUUAUUUAAUUACGCCUACUAUUGGUGGAUAGUGUAUUAUACGGUCUAACAUUUUGAUAACAACGUGUACAAAAUAUGUAAAACGGUCAUACGAACAUUCUGUAUAAUUAAUAAAGUAAUCGAUGUUUCUCUUUAUAAGUACUUUCUAUGGUAAUGCUAAGGUAGAUAAUAAGUAAGAAGUAAAAUCAGUCUAAAAUCAUUUACUAACACUGUUGACCCAAAGGUCUUGAACUCUUCUUAUAAGUCAAAGCCACAUAAGAUUUCAUCAACAUCUCAUACAACAGCACUCAGAUUAAAACUAAAAUUUGUUGAAGUUUUAAAUUUAUCAGUUGACGUUACAUGUUUGAAUAUCAUUGACUAUUUUAAUUCUUUUAAUUAAAUAAAACUUGAUAAUACAUCAUCCCAUUUGCUCCAUUAACAUUUAUGGGAUAUACUCUUUGAGUUUUUAAAUAACAUCCAUAGUAGAUAUGUAAUUGUACAUAUUUAUAAAUUUAGACUAUAGGAUUUAUAUUUGUAAUUCAACACGAUACCAUUUCUUAUUUUUACGAAAUAAAGUUUAUUUUUGAAUCCCUGGGUAUAGUGGUUGAAUGGAUGGGUGAGCGAAUAAUCUUAAAACGUGUAAACCGUAUUGUGUAACAAAGACGAUUGUGUACUGCGCGCGUUAGUAAUUUGUGAUCUUGUACUAAAAGUACUGUUAGAAAAAGAGGGUAUGUAGUGUGUCGUGGAAUUACUUAAACUGUUUUAAAUUUCAUUUGGAAUUUCUCAUAGUAUCAAAAGUGUUCUGUAAAUUAAUAAUAACGUAAGAAAAAUAUUUAUUUAUGAAGUAAAAACAAUAAAAUAAUGACUUAAAGAUAUUUACACGCACGCGAACGAUUUGAAAAUAAAAAAUUAAUAGGAUAUAUGUAUUAGAAAUAAACUAAAUUCGUAUAAAGAACAAUUAAAGAAUGAGGACAAGAAAAUUAUUUAAAUUAUUUACAAGUUUUUAACAAAGUACAUAUUUUAUUUUUACUGAAAUCGUUGGAUGUACACUGUGGGCUUACAUAGUUUGUCGUCUAUACAAUUAUUCAAAUUUUUUUUCUAUAUAAAUGCAACACAUAAACAAUGAACGUUGUUAACAUUUUAAUAUAAAAAUAAUACCUUAUAAAUCUUUUUUAUAUCAUAAUUGCAAUUUUAUUGCAGUACUUUUAUCACAGAACAAACAUAUAAUAUAAUAAUACCUGUGCAUUUGCAAAACAUACAAAGUUUUUAUUCAGUUAAUAUAAUAUAGCUAGUAGAUAAAUAAUUAUAUAAAUUAAUCACUUGCAAUGUCUAAGGUUGCUUCAAUUUUGUACUGUUAUUCACCUUCUAUAACUGCUCACAUGUAAUUGCGGCUGUUAGUAAAGAGUAAUUAUAUAAACGUUGUUUAUAAUUAUGAAGAAAGUAACUUAAGAAAAAAAAAGUAACACUAUUAUAUAAAAAUAAUCAGUAAUAUAUAAAUACUAGAAACAGUACAUAGUAUUACUCAGAAUUAACUAAUGUGCCUUUCUGAUUCAGGGGUUGAGAACCUUCACAAUAUGUAUGUACAUUUGAUGCCGUCUUAUUAAGAAGGGUUUAAACCCCGACACCGUCUUAACUGCAAACUUCGUCAUAAAUUUAUGUAUAAAUAUCUUGUUUCAUAAUAUAUGUCACAUCAAUUA